GGAUGUGUGUGUGCACGACAGAGUGGAGGAACUGAAAGUGUGAAAUAGUACGGUUGUGUAAGUGUAGUUUCAGUCCGUGUCUGUCCACACAUCUCUCAGCUACGAUGAAGCCAAUUGUCUGUCUUCCUUUCUGCAUGGCAUUGUUUCUGUUCUGUUUCACUACAGUAACAAGUAAGCCUUCUUCAAACUGCUGUUUGAAGACAAGCAACAAGCGAAUACCUAAAAACAAAGUGGUGGAUUAUACGAUUCAGAGAGCAGGACUUUGCCACAUCAAUGCUAUUGUCUUGUUGACUGAAAAGAGGAAAGCAAGAUGUUAUGAUCCAAACUCAGCCUGGAUCAAAAAAGUUACGGCAAUGGUGAACCGGAGAAAAAUGCAGCCGAAUCAAAACUCUGAUCCAAAAGGCUUGCAGCGCCAAAAGAACAGAAACACAAGACAAAAAAAAAAUUAACAAGGAAAGGGAUGCACACAGGGGAAACAAAAAGGACAGAAAUAAAGUAUUGUUUGUGAAGUA